GGCUUAAUUCGAUUCCGAUUGUCUAGCCUUCUUCGAUAAAUUACACAAUGCGGAUUGUUUUUACGGGAAAUUCGGUUUUUAAACGCUUACUGCACACGGAAAUUGCCGGAAACUAUGCCAAACAGCAGCCUCGCAACCUCAAGGGCCGGAGUAAGAGCUCCCAGGAGUGGCUCACCCGCCAGCUGGCCGAUCCCUACGUGGAGAAGGCCCGCAUGAUGAACUAUCGCUGCCGGAGCUCCUUCAAACUGUUGGAGAUUGAUGACAAAUACGGAAUCCUGCGCCCUGGGGACACGGUCUUGGACUGUGGAGCUGCACCUGGUAGCUGGACCCAAGUGGCCGUGGAACGGACCAACGCUAACGGAAAACAGGAGCGGGCGCCACUGGGAGCCGUCUUCAGCAUCGACUUGUUGCAUUUCCAUGCAGUGCCUGGUGCCACAAUCUUUGGGGGAAUGGACUUCACCUCCUCCCUGGCGCAAAAGCGACUUAGGGAGUCAUUGAAGGACAGAAAAGUCAACUGCGUGCUGUCAGACAUGGCGCCCAACGCCACUGGCGUGAGGAUGUUGGACCAGGAAAGCAUCACGAACCUCUGCUACGAGGUGCUCCGCUUCGCAUUGGCCAUGUCCGCCCCGCAGGCCCAUCUAGUGGUCAAGGUGUGGGACAAUGGCGAUGUGCCCAAGCUGGAGCGUGAUAUGCUGAGGUUCUACGAGAAGGUGAAGCGGGUAAAGCCGCGCGCCAGUCGUGGAGAUUCCUCCGAACAUUUCCUAGUAGCCAGGAACUUCAAAGGAACAGCGGAAAGCUAACUAAAAAUAGUCUAAUGCUAACGAAAGUAGUUAAUAGUCACUUGUUUCAUAAUGUUGAUAAAUCCAUAGUUUAUAAAUGAUAAGAUGAAUAAAGGCGUGUUUCAUUUUAACUCCAA